AUGAAGUUCCUCGCAGCCCUAACCUUCGUCACGGCAGCCCUUGCUUACGGGGUCGAUCCCGCAGACACCGAGCUAUGCACGCUUCCAGCCUACGUUUGCAAGCCCGACUUUUCGGGCUGGCUCGUUUGCAAUCUCGACAGCCAUUUCCUCGAUGGUGGAAACUGCCCGGAGGGCACCGCAUGCGAGUACAUCAACGAUCUGCCGUACUGCGUUUAA